CCUCUAAGUCAGUUUAGCUACUAGCUACCACUGCAGUCUGGGUUUCUGUUUAUCUCUGGCUUAUCUCUGCAGUAUACACACCGCCAGGACCAGCAGUCCCUCCUCAUCUGUCUUUCCACAAAACAUGAGCCAGACAGGAUCAAGAGCAAACAGAGGAAACACCAGCCUGCAAGAGGAAUUCAAGGUUGUUAUUGUAGGAGACGGGGGUUGUGGGAAAACCUCGCUGCUCACAAUUUAUACUAAAGGAGUCUUUCCAACGGAAUAUGUCCCAUCUGUGUUUGACAAAACUGUUGUCAAUUCGAGGUAUCGAGGGCAACAGUUUCGGCUACAUCUCUAUGACACUUCCGGUCAAGAUGACUAUGAUCGCCUGCGGCCUCUCUCCUACCACAGUGUUAACGUGGUGCUGAUCUGCUACGAUGUUAUGUGUUCUUCAAGCUUUGAUAACGUCUUCACAAAGUGGUACCCUGAGGUGCAACAUUUCUGUGCUGGGGUGCCCAUCAUCCUUGUUGGUUGCAAAGCAGACCUACGAGAAGACAAAGUCCUGAUGAAGAAGCUCUGGUCAACGGGCCAGAAUGCCGUCACAUAUAUUCAGGGAGAAGAGGCCAGAAGGAAACUCAAUGCUGUGCUGUACUUAGAGUGCUCAGCCAAAUACAGGGAAAAUGUGGACGACUUAUUCAGAGAGGCAACGAAGCGAGCGCUAAUGGCGACGAGAGAGCUGGAGAAAGUCAGAAAGCGUAGGAGUUUGUGUGCUUUGUUGUGAUGAUGCACGCUCAUGGCUCCGACUGCCUCCAGGGACUGAAGGUUACACUCAAACUGCACGUCCGGACACAUUUCCUGUGUGGUUUUCCCUUUGACUUACUUUAGAACACAUUUUGUGCAAGAUGAUGUUUCCUUGUUUGUUUUCCUUGGCA